AUGAGAAGCAAAAUGUUCCGAACUCCCUUGCUUCUUACGGCAGCUAUCGGUUUCUGUUGCGCGGAGACCCUCCUCGCCACCCGCGAAAGCUCUCUCACCCAGGUCCAUCAAUUUGCCAACGGAACCUCGGUCGAAAACCUCGCUGUUCGGACCAAUGGCAAUAUCCUCAUCACCCUUUUGUACGAAGCGGAAAUCCACGAAGUCAACCCGACACAGCCAGGCUCUGGCAAUACAACCAAGCUCGUCCACUCCUUCGAUGGCAGCACUCGCGUCAACGGCAUUUCGGAACUGUCUCCAGACGUCUUUGCGAUCAGCGCCAACCAUGACACCAUCUGGACCAUGGACCUCAACGGUGGCGGAGAUGCCCAGGUGUCAAAGGUGGUGACGAUACCCGAUGCAAGCUUCCUCAACGGCGUCGCGACACUUGACGGUGCUGCGGGUACCAUCCUCGUGGCUGAUUCGACUGCCGGCGUGAUCUGGCUUGUCGACACUACAACAGGCGAGUUCAGCGCUGCUCUUCAGGAUACGACCAUUGCUCCCCCGACCAACUCCUCCUCCGGCGGUCUCUCGCUCGGUGCGAACGGGGUGAAGUAUCGCGACGGGUACGUGUAUUACACGAACACGGGAAAGAAACUCUUCUGUCGAGUGGAGAUAGAUCCCACUACAGGAAUGGCGACAGGUCCAUAUGAAACGCUCGUUGGGGGGUAUGCGGGUGAUGACUUUGCGCUUAUCGACGACGCAGCUUUUGUGGCGAGCGGAGGCAGUAACGCGAUUGAAAAGAUCUUCUUCAAUGGUACCCAGGAACUCGUUGCUGGUGGAUCGGGCUCCACUGAUGUUGUGGGAGCUACUUCUGCAAUGUUUGGGGCGACAGAAAAUGAUGCUGAUGUUUUGUACGUAACGACUUCGGGUGGAGGCGUUGGUGGCGGCAAGGUCGUGGCCAUCAGAAUUUCGUAG